UUGCCGUUGCGGCCUUGGUUGCGGUGCCACCUGUGGCCUACUAUGCUGCGCAGCGCUCGCGCAACGCGGUGGCUGAAAGCUGGAGCCGCAUUGGUGAUUUGCAGGCACUCGGCAACCAUGAUGGAGUCAUCAGCAAGCACUUCUCCACCGAAAGAAACACCGUUCUUCUCAUUGGCAGCAGUGGCUUUGUAGGUGUUCGUAUUCAGCAACUUCUGGUCGAAGAGGCGGGUCACAAAGCAGCCUUCAAUCUUGUGUGCCUUGAUGUGAACCCACCGAAGCAGAUGAGAGAGGACAUGGUUUACUUCAGCGGAGAUCUUCGCGAUUCCAAGCAACUCGAGGAGAUUUACCAGGCUAUGAAGGACCGCGGAUACCCCAUCAAGGGCACAUUCCACCUGGCGUCGAUCAUCCCUUUUGUAGGGGUGCCGGAGAGUUUCAUCAUGCGCGUCAAUGUGGACGGUGUGCGGGAGUCUGUUGAGAUUGCCAAGAAGCAUGGGGCCAGAGGAUUCCUUUACACCUCCUCGGCAACAUGCAUUCUAGAUGGAGAGAAUGACGCCCCUGCAGAGGGAGUUGACGAAGAUGCACCCUAUCCCAAGGUAAAUAUGGACACCUACACGACCACCAAGGUCGCAGCCGAGAAGAUCGUUUCUGCUGCGCAUAGCCGAGACUUCUACACUGCCAUUGUCCGCCCAGCGGGCAUCAUGGGGCCUGGUGACAAGGUAUUAUACGACAAGCGGAGCAAAGGCGAGGACAAUGUGUGGAUUCGAGGAAAAGGAAAUGGUGAGUGUUUGCUGGAUAUGGUCGGAGUGGAUGCUGUAGCUCUUGGUCAUAUCAUGGCCUUGAAUGAGCUUCUGAAAGUGGACGGCACUCUCCGCAAGCCGCAGACCACCAUCAUGAACCUCUCAGCUGGCAAGGGGAUACAGUACAAACAGAUGAUUGGUAGCGAAGCUGAGAAGGAUGGCAAAAACUUCUGGGGCCACCCUCCAGCCCAGCCUGUUCCGGCUAAAGUCGUGCAGUGCUUGGCUUUUGUUAAUGAGACUUGGUGCAACAUUUUUGGGAAAGCUCUGCUGAGCCCAUUCCUCGCGCGUGUGAGCUUGAACUUCACACAGCGAACUUACGUCUUUUCCAACAAGAGGGCGCGAGAUUUUUUGGGAUGGGAGCCCGAGGAUGAUGACAUCAGGGAUACCAUGAGAAAAUAUUUGCGCCGAGAUGCAUCUCACCACAAGGGAUGA